CAAGAGUCCAAGUCUGCGCAGUUUGACGCUACCUCUGAGCUACCUCACCUACCAUUUGCAGUCUACACUCCCUAUACUUUUGAUACACACCCACUCGGGGCACUUACCUAGCACCGCCUGAAGUCCCAUGGUUUGUAAUUGUGAAUCGGAAAACAACAGCUUUGACUCGCCCGAUAGCUUUACGACCACAUCAAACGAGGUAGAAUCGACUGCCACUUUAUGUUCCACGAAACUUGCCGAGAAUUCUCUGGUAUCAAAACCCCAACAUUACGGCCUCUUCCGCUCCACCAAACAAACAACCUUGGAAACCCCUCCACCGUCGUAUCCGGAGGAGCGGCGAUCCUCACUGCUAUCGCAAGUGUAUGGUAAUUAACAACUUCAGAACAUCGAUUGAGGCGCUAACAUGGACUAUAGAUGGCGGACCCAGACGCUGAAGAGCAUUUCGAACGCUGGCUUGAGGCCGAACGCGAGGCGCACCUAUCGUACUCAGACGGUGUAAUCUCAUCGUACCUUCGCCUCACACCGGACGCAAUCGAAGCGCAUAUACGAGGAUCUCGCGAGCAAGACGAUCACCAUGAAGAUUACCAGCCCUAUCCGGAAGCGGCUCUUGCUGAAGCCCCUCGACGGGAGCUUCGUGACGUCAUCGAAGUGCUUGAAGCGCAGCUGUACAAAAAGGACACUCUUCUUCGAGCGAAGGACGAUAAGAUGUCUGAAAGGAGGGAGAAGUUUCGGCUACUUACCGGGACUUUCACGGUACGAAUGGGUGACAUGCAGAAGCAAAAGGAAAAGCUGGAGGAAGAGCUUGCAAGUGCAAUACAGUGGAAGAAUGAGUACAAGGCUUCCUCCAAGACAUUCGAGGAAGAGAACACUCGGCUGCGAUCUGAAGUUGAAAUCAAGGCAACUGCGCUUCUCGUUGCAGACGGCGAAACAUGAAAUUUCUCAUUUGCGUGCGGAGGUGGAAAUCCAGGCGAAGUCUAAUCGUGAGCUAUGGCAGAAGCUUGAGAGGACUAGGAAGUGGUUUGUAGAGUCCUUCAUAUGGAAGAACAAGAAUUUGCCCCCGCUGAACGAGAUGGUCAGCGGCAAAUCUAGAAAGUGUUCAUCAGAAAUAGAGAUUGCAGCAUUGAGAAUACAGAGCUGACCCGACCAACUUUAGCUGCGAAUGACGGCAUCCAGACCUACCGGAGAGACGAGAGCUGCAGCCUCCACAAGGCUCCCAGCCGCUACAGCAACCUCAAUGUCUAGUGCUGGAAAGGUUGCGAAGGCAUCGGCUGUUGGACUAGUACCCAC